AGACUGUCCUGGAGCUCACAGUCUGAAAGGUGUGCGGGCCUCUGCCAGCUUCGAGGCUCCCGACGUCUUAAAUGGGUUCGAAUUCCUGCGGACUGUAAUCCCCAGAGACACAGGAGCUGGCACCUUCGCUCGGGGUUCCCUAGCAAGAUUGGGGGAGGAGUGGACGAACCCGAGCCUGGCUGCGGAACUCCUGGUGGACUCCGAGGCUCUGCGGCAAGGCCGCGCGUCCCUGCCAUCACCCAUCAUGAACACCAUCGUCUUCAACAAGCUCGGAGGAGCUGUGCUUUUUGAAGACCGAGGUAUCCCAGAUCGGGAUCGUGGCAGCCGACCAUUCGGUGGCGUCCUGGACAAUCCACACACAGGCCCGGAGAUGGGCAUUCCAGGAGGCCCUUCCCUCAAGGACAACCUCAGCCUGAGACACCGGAGGACAGGGGCUCGGCAGAAUGGAGGGAAGGUGAGGCAUAAGCGACAGGCCCUGCAAGACAUGGCGCGGCCGCUUAAGCAGUGGCUUUACAAGCACCGAGACAACCCGUACCCUACGAAGACUGAGAAGAUACUCUUGGCUCUAGGCUCACAGAUGACGCUAGUGCAGGUGUCAAAUUGGUUCGCUAAUGCUAGACGUCGGCUGAAGAACACUGUCCGGCAGCCAGAUUUAAGUUGGGCCUUAAGAAUAAAGUUAUACAACAAGUAUGUUCAGGGCAAUGCUGAACGGCUCAGUGUGAGCAGCGAUGACGACUCCUGCUCUGAAGAUGGAGAAAAUCCCCAAAGAAAUCCCAUGAACGACGAGGGCUAUAGCACCCCCGCCCACCACACUGUGAUUAAAGGGGAGAGCUCAGCCAUGAAAGCUGGCGGGAGACCAGAGUCAAGGGCUACUGAGGAUUACGUGUCACCACCCAAGUACAAGAGCAGCUUGUUGAACCGUUACCUUAACGACUCUUUGAGACAUGUCAUGGCCAGCAGCACUGCCAUGAUGGGGAAAAAGAGGCGAAGGAACCAUUCGGGAUCUUUUAGCUCCAAUGAAUUUGAAGAAGAGCUGGUGUCUCCAUCGUCAUCAGAAACUGAAGGCACCUUUGUCUAUCGCACAGACACCCCAGACAUUGGAUCUCCUAAGGGUGACAGUGCUGCUAACAGAAGGGGGCCAAGCAAGGAUGACACAUACUGGAAGGAGAUCAACGCAGCCAUGGCCUUGACAAACCUUGCCCAGGGAAAAGAUGGAGUGCAGGGGCCGACCACCAGUUGCAUCAUCCAGAAGUCUUCCCACAUAGCGGAAGUAAAGACAGUCAAGCUGCCGCUGGCACAGCGCUUCUAGAGUGGCCAGGAGUGCUGAGCUGUCAGUGGGUUUGCCAAAACAAGGGUGAAGAGGACUCCCAUUGAAACCUUCUGAGUUCAACUAUCCUAAAUAUAUCAGUUGCUUCUUUAAAAAGACAUAUAAGUUAUAAAAACUCAUUUUAAUCAAAAAUAUUAACUUAUUUUAUGUUACUGAAACUAUGCAUAAAGUGUCUGCAUUACCAUAUCAGUAAGUGCCUUGCUCCCUGAAGUAAGCCCCAACGUGGGCACAGUGGAGAGCUGUGCCUCAAACUGGCAAUGCCAACAUCUGCUAGACCACGUCAUUCCAGACUGGUCCAGGACUGAAGCCAAUCACUGAAAGCUCCUGAAACACAUUCAGUCAUUCACACGUUCAAACUUGGAGAUCUGUUCAGCCCUGAUGAGGUGAUCUUUUAUUUUUAUUUUCUCUUUAUUUUUUUAAUGCCUACAGGACUGGAAACUGUUCUUUGUGCUUUCCAGGGUGAUGGUGAGAAUUUUAUGUGUGGGUUUUGUUUGCAUAUCUGAAAGUGCAUCCAAAAUGAAAGGUGCAGCAGGACCACGUGACGCAUACGUUUAAGAAGAGAUACCUUCAAACUAGUUUAAUAUUGCAGUGUAGUCAGGAAUUGUUUUCCCAAGCACUGUUGGCAAGUAUCCCAAUGCCCUUUACAACUAAUUGGGAUUUUUUCCCUUGAACUUUUAAAAAGAGCCUUAUUAUAUAAAUCUUUGAAUAUUUUUCUGUGUAAAACUAAACAUAAAGUUUAGUUUUAAAUCAUGAUCUUGUUUGCAUUAGAGUUCAGGGUUCCUUUGUGAUGGAAGCUGCUUUCAUAUGGAGUGACUAAAAGCUUUUUGGUUUUUUCUUGAGACAGGGUUUCUCUGUGUAGCCCUGGCUGUCCAGGAACUAACUCUGUAUGUAGACCAGGCUGGCCUCAAACUCAGAAAUCCACCUCACCUGCCUCUGCCUCCUAAGUGAAGGGAUUAAAGGCAUGUGCCACCACUGCCCGGCAACUGAAAGCUUUUUAUUUGGUUCAUUUCAAAUCUCAAUUCAGAUGAACUAUUUGUAUUGCAAUGAGAACAAGACAGUGAAGAAAAAAAUCUGUGUGUGGAUAUACAUACAUACACUUGCAGAAAAAUUGAUUUUUUAAAAAUUUAAAACGUGUGGGUGGCAAAACAUGUUCAUGUAGCAUGUUCAGUCUCUGAUUUUUGCCAAGUAGGAUAUUCAAGUAAAAAUUAUAUGAAGACCUGCAUUGAAAGAAAGAAAGUUUUGUUUCUAAAUGUCACUACCACAAAGUGAGAGUAAUGGCUAUCAAGGAAGAAGAGUGUCUUUUCCAUCAAGACUCCUCCCCAGCUUAGGAACACUGCUAACCAGAGGAGUGUGGAGACGUCCAAUAGGGAAGGACAGCUGGAGAUGCCCAGUAGCUCCGAGCAAACGUUCAACAGCAGAGUAAAACGACUAGGCUACGGUGGGCAUGUUUUUUUCUGGUUAUGUAAUGUAUUUUCUAAUUGUGUUAGGCUGGAAAGCAUUUUUGCAAGUGUGAAUGGCAUCUGGUUUCACAGCACACACCCAUGUUUUUUCUUUAUUUUACAAAAUGCUUUUAACGCCGAAGGUUAAUGUGGUUGCUGAGCAGACAUGGCAGCCCUGAUGGCCAUCGUAGGACACUUUCUCCUGUAUCAUAGCAUAGCGGGUUGGGGGUUAUCUAGUGUAACGAAGAUAAUUUGAUAUGAGAAUAUUUUGUAUGUAUAUUUUUCCUUUGUUGUCUUAAGUGCCGAUGGCAGUUGCAGUAAGCCCUAGGUGAGAUGUGUACGUGCUGACGGUAUGAGUGGAUGAAGUAUUGAGUUCUUCGAGGGCAUCCCUGAUACUCUGAGAUCCAGGAUGCAAAGUGGGAAUCAUUACAGACAAGCCUGCCCAGAUGUGUGUGAGGCAGUGAGAAAGAAACAAGAACAAAUACUUCACUCUUUUUCAUACUAUUAUAAGUUAUUCUGGUAUUAAAUAUUUUAAUAAAAGUGUUCUUGUUUUAACAUGUUGAGAAUA